CGCUCUCUUCUGGAAGAGUUCUUGCACAAGAAGCUGCCAGUGCUGACCUAGCCUUAAUUUAAUAUUGCAAUAGCUAACAGGCGCUCGCAUCAUUUCAGUAACACCCAUAAUGUGACACGUGCUGUACUAACAUAAAAGACUCCUCCUGACUCAAAGAGCUGAGGUAGUGAUCUCACGAUGGUGUAAAAGUCAUGGGUAAUUUUCAGACAGAUGGAGGGGCCUACCUCUUGUCAAAGUUCCCAUAAGCCAACAGCUUGGCAGGCUGAAAAUUAAGGCACAACAAUGUUAUGGCCAAUGGUUUAAUGGGGCCAGCUUGUGCCCAGCUGUCUGAGUGACCUAACCCACUGGAUCAGGCACCUCUUUUGAGUUGAGUAGGCUUUCAGCAUGACAUCAAGCAAGACUUAAACCCAUGAUCUUCAGGAGUGCAGUUGGGCCCCUUUACCACUCAACUGCCCAACAUCUCCUAGCAAUCAGUGUUAAAAAGCCUGUGGAAAGUCAAGGCCUGGGUGACCAAGUUUCCAUGUCUUUCUUUACAAUCACAAGGGCCCACAGACAACUGGAGAAGAAGUGGGUUACAGUGGGAGACACGUCCCUUCGGAUAUUUAAGUGGGUGCCUGUAGCAGAUAGUAAAGAGAAAGAGAAGUCCAAAACAAGUGGCAGCACUGCCCGAGAACCCAAUGGCUUCCCAGCUGACACAUCGGCCAACUCCUCCCUUCUCCUGGAAUUCCAGGAUGAGACCAGUAACCAGAGCUCCCUGUCGGAUGUCUACCAGCUCAAAGUCGACAGCAGCCCAAACUCGAGCCCCAGCCCACAGCAGAGUGAGUCAAUGAGUCCUGCGCACACGUCUGAUUUCCGCACGGACGACUCACAGCCGCCUACACUGGGGCAGGAGAUCCUGGAAGAGCCCUGCCUACCUUCCUCGGAAGUUGCAGAUGAGCCUCCCACUCUCACGAAGGAAGAGCCUGUCCCUCUUGAGACUCAGGAAACUGAAGAGGAUUCUGGGGCACCACCUCUGAAGAGAUUUUGUGCCGAGCAGAACUCUGUAUGCCACACAGCCUUGGAGAGCUAGCCUGCCCUCCCCAGGGCCGGGCCACUUCCGGCACACCCCUGCAGAGACAGCCUGCCCUCCCCAGGGAAGGGCCCCUUCUGGUGCACCUCUGCAGAGCUGGCCUGCCCUCCCCAGCGCUGGGCCCCUCCUGCCAGAUCUCCCCUCCUCCCCCAUUUCCCGCAGAGCUAGCCUGCUUUCUCCUGGGACUCUCCUGCUGGACUCCCUGCAGAGCUGGCCUGCCCUCCCCAGGGAGAGGCCCCUCCCACCAGCCCCCGUAAUGCUGGCCUGGCCCUCCUGCUACUCCUCACAGAGGAACUUAUUUGUCCUUCCCUCUGGGCAGGGCAGGGCAGUCCCUGCUAUCAGUAUGUGCAAACUUGCCUCUAUUUAUUGGCUCCCUUUUCCUGCUGCUCUGUGCUGGUGCUGCAGGGUCUGGGCCUGCAGCCUGCUUGUGGGAGGUGCUGUGUGUUCUGGGUCUCCUGCUCUGCCUGAUGCCAGCUGAGAGCUGCAGCCUGGCAGACAAGAAGCCCCUGCAGGACUUGGAGUCUGUGCUUGAGUGAGGCGCUGUGCCCCCAGUGGCCGGGACUGGAAGAGCCCUUCCCCCUGCACUGUUUCUCUUCACUGGUGUGACCAUGUCCUGGAGCUUCCCACAGUAAACAAGCCUCCCUGAUGAGCCCGGAGGAAUUUGGGGAGUGGUUGGGCCACAGGACCUUGCAGCACUGGGGCUCUGACAAAGGCGUUUGCCUGCAGGACAAGAAUUUCAAGCUGGGACACUGUGCAAUAGCUGUUGGUUUAAGCCAUUUGUGCUGGAGGAGACAGGAGCCACCCUGCUAAGGAGGGAAGGCAGCUGAGUGCUUCAGGACACAGCCGCCCCCAGCUAUGCCCUACGGGGCCUCUGGACGCAGGAUGGCAGCAUUCGAGGAUGCAGGCUGCUGUUAGUAUUAGAUCCAGGGAGGGUGCCCAGGUCCCAGCUGACUCUGUGCCCUGAGCCUGGCAUGGACAUACUGUUCCUAAUGUGAGGGCCCCUGGCAGAAGCAGCAAAGGUUUGCUGCAGCUUGGGGCCCACUACAAGUCUGACCUCAGGGAUGAGGAAGGACUCAGAAGGGCCUUAGGUCUCUCCCAGCAAACCCAGGGGCCUUGGUUCUCACUCUCCCAGGAAUGUUGGGGCCACAUCAGGUCCCAGGACAUCUUAUACGGGCUACCCCCAAGGCCCUGGCUGGUCACCCAGCUCCCAGGGAGCGCUGCUCCCCAGGCUUGUUUAUCAUGGAGCUCCCAUCCCUCCUCCUCUCCAACGCCAUGGACCCGUUUCCUCUUCGUAACAAUCUGCAUGUGAAAUCAAGUCUGUGAGUGAGUCUCUGUUGAAGCCGAAGGCGCCAGUUAGGCAUGGGAGUGGAGAGAUAUUUUAGCACUGAAUAGAAUAUUUUUAAAAUUAAACUAUUUGAAAUACCCUGUGUGAAUUUCUCAGCAGCAGCUUGGGGAGGCUGUGGACCUACCAUAGAGCUCUGCAAGUGCAGAAGCAACAAGAUAUAGUGACAAGACGUUUCCCAUAAAAUUGAGACUGUC